UCCAUACUGCUUUUGUUUUUGUGACCAACAGGCAGAAAAAAUGGCUGGCCAAUACUCACCCCCAAUUUCGUUAGCUGAAAUAGAUGGUAUAUCCAAUUUGAAAGAAGGCAUAAAGAAGUUACGAGAGUUAGGGAUAGAUCACGCUGGUGUGAAGAACAAGGACGACGUAGUCCUCAGAUUGAGAAAAUUCUUGAAACUACAUGGUGUAGGUGUGGCUGAGGACCCACUGAAUGCCGCUGAACUAAUGGCAGAUGCCUUGGAGGAAGAUAAAGAGACAAGAAAACAGCUACAGCAAUUAUACAAAGACACGAUUGAGUAUAUUUCUGGUUUACCAGAAAGGAGACGUGAUGACCUAAAUCAAAACAUUCCGCGAGUUGUAGAAAGAUUAAGUGAAAGCAUUGGAGAACUCUCUAAAAGCGAAAGUGGAAUUUUAGUAGCAGGUGAGACCGGUGCUGGCAAGAGUUGUCUGUUGAAUCUACUCCUUGGGGAAGAUCUUCUUCCAACGGAUUUCUUCAGUUGUACAGCAGUGUUGUGUGAAUUAAGGUACGGCGACCAAAGGAAGGCUGUUGCACAUUUCUGGGACACCAGUUUACAACCUGUUACCUUGGACCUGGAAGUGCCAGAUCCUCUUGAGGUUUUGAAGCCUUACAUAUUCCAGGAAGAAGGACGAGGGAAGAAGGAAUUCCCAUACAACAGAGUCCAGUUAUUUUGGCCUAUCCCUCUGUUACAGGGAGGUGUCUAUAUCAUGGACAGCCCGGGUAUAGGAGAGAGUGAAAUGAUGACAAAACUUACGAAGAGUUACUUGGCCAAGGCAUUUUCCUUCAUCUACGUCAUCAACAGCAUGGUGGCCGGAGGAGUGCAAGAAGAUAGGCUUCAGGAUCUCCUUAGCGAUGUAGUGAGGGGUAAAUUCGAGACAGAAGACAAAAAUAGUGGCACAGAAAAACUUGCUUCUGGAGUUCGUCUGUUCAAUCCUUCAACGGCCAUCUUUGUUCUCAACAAAUGGGACCAGGUGCCAGAAAAAGAGAAGGAUGAUGUUUUCAAAGACACUCUUCGCAAGCUGCAAAACAUCUGUGACGGCUUUACUGCAGAUCAGCUUUUCCCUAUGUCGGUGACAAAGGCUCAAAGUGCACUAAAACAGGGCUGUGCAACACCCGAGUUCUCAAACUUCCUUGUUGGGCUGAAGAAACUUUUUCCUAAGACCCUAAAAUCAAAUCAGGAGACUAAAUACAGAUUAGUAGUUCACAUUCUGCGAAGAUCCGCGUUUCAUCUAAAGUCAGCUUUGAACAUCUUUGAAAGAUCUGAGGAAGAACGUAAGAAGAAAGCUGCUGAAAUCAUGCGACAGAUUGGAAAGAUAAAGAACAGUUUUGAAGGGAAGCGUUUUAAAUUGCUAGGGCUUUUAAAGACAAAGGCUCAACAAGCUGCACAACAAAUCCAAGAUUACCUGCAUAAGAAUAAAGAGCGUGUCCUGAAAUGGAAAGAUGACGAUUGUCCAAGGCCAACUGACCAUUGGGAUGAUCUUUACACACAAGCUAGAACCCUCAUCCUAGGGAGAAUCCGCGAACUACUGGAGGAAUGGAACACAAACACUGAGUUCUUCACAAAUGCACAGAAGGAGCUUAUAGGAAAGUUCCACGUAGAGUUCAACAUCAUGGAGAACCAAGUUGCUCUUUUGGAAGGUCAGUUAACCAGCAACGAUAUGCUUGUAGUCGAGGACGCAAACCCCACAGGCUUAAGAGACGUGGAGGACACUUCUACUUUCACCACCACUGAGAAAGUCAUCAUUGGCGUCACUUCUCCAAUUUGGAUUCCAAUAGGCCUCGUAGCUGCACUUUUCGUUGUCCCUGUUGCCCUUGGGGUAGCACUAAAAGAGCGUCUGAACGAGAAGAAACAAAUCAAAGAGUAUACAAAACACAAAGCGGCAGUCAUGGAAACUAUUGCAGAAAAAGUACUCGAACAUUUUAUGUCCGAAGAAAACCUGUCGAAAGAGGUGAUGCGGUACUUGAACUCUGCGGUUGCCACACUGAAUAACCUACUCAGUGCUAUUCCAAAACUCCUAGAUGAUGACCUUCAGCUCAUAAAAGGGUUGCUAAGUGAAAGUCAGACAGCGAAAUCUGAGUUGCAACUGUACCAGAAAAAGCUCCAGUGGAAUGAUACCUUAGAGGGAUGCCUAGGGUUGUUGUACGUGACAAAAAUCCGGGAAGACAUCAACGCAAAUACAGAAAUUAAAUGGAUCUUGCCUGCUUUUGCCACUGGCACGUUUGGUGAAGUUUAUACCGUGACCCUUCUAUCAAGAAACAACAUGAUGGCAGCGGCAAAGGUGAUGAAGCAGUUUGCAACAGCAGAGAACGUGGGUGAGGCUAUACUAGAAGAGGAAAGUUUAAGGAGACUUAACAGAACCCCUAACAUCAUCAAGUUCAUAGGAACCAGCGCCAUCAUAGAGCCAGAUGGUAACAGGCGCCUUGUCAUUCUAAUGGAGUAUUGCCCCAAAACCCUUGCAAAUCGUAUGUUAAAUGCAGAUGCGACAAGUCCCAAAGGACAACGGGAGAUCAUAAACCCUGGUUUGAAGCAACCGUUAUAUCCUGGCCUCGUGCGUUCUGUCGCUUACUUUGGUAUGCAAAUAUGCACUGGGCUAAGGUGCAUGCAUGCUCAAGGAUACAUUCACAGAGACUUGAAACCGGAAAACAUAUUGGUAACUGAUAGAGAUGAAGUUCGACUUGCUGAUGUGGGACUGACAAAACCGCAGUGUGACAUCACUGGUACACUAUGUGGAACACUGGUUUACAUGGCACCAGAAAUUCUGAAGAAGGAAAAGUACGGAGCACCUGCAGAUAUGUUUGCAAUUGGGGUCAUGCUUUGGGAAAUGUGGUAUGGGAAACGUGCCUACAAUCUGCCUUGCUUUGAGAACUUCGAAAAUAUAUCAGAUUUUUUGAAGCUUGACUGGACAUCACUUAUUAUCCUUAAGGGUUUUACACCGCCGCCGUCCAUGUGGUGCGAGAAGUUAGGAAAGCUGCUUUCCCCCACACCAUCUGAAAGACCAACAGCAAGCCAAAUAGAGAGAUUUCUUGCAGAAGAAACCCACAAAAGAUUCCGUCAUAAGUAAUUUCAAGAAUAUUGUGGAUAGCAACACAAUCUCAAU